AUGCCAUCAUCUAGCACACGUGACACCAAAGGCGAAAAGGAACUCAUCCUCGCCUAUCAGCACAUCUAUAUGCGCUAUCAGAUUUGCGGCUACAAGGAUGGGGCAAACUACACAACACAGGUCUUCGAGGCGCUUCUCGAUUGGGGCCCUGACAGCAAAUUCAGACUCAUCUCGAACCUGUUUAUUGAGCGAGAAUGGAGAAUGAAGUGGGAGGAGUUCAUAGAGAGCAAGAAGACCAGCGAGAACAUGUGGGCCGCGGCGGACUGGCUGGGUGAAGCAGCAUUUACUCUGCAUGUUCGCGGCAGGGAGAGCGAGGCGGCCGGGCUUCAGCAAUUCAUCGAGGACACACAGAAGCUGGCGAGGGAGCACGAGUGGGAUGAGAAGAAUUGGUCCGACAACAGUGACUACUAUCAUCACGGCGGAUAG